GUGGGCCAGACAGGAGCGCCCCUAUCUACAGCCAGUAGCACUAACAGAAAAGCCCCAUUCUUUUUACUUUCACUUUCAACUAAAGGCUCAGACGACAAAACCAGACGCUCACAGUGAGACAGAUAAACGACCUACAGGCUAUCUGAACAUUCUACAAGAUGACAACUGUACAUAUACCACCAUCUGCGCAGGAAAAAGUUGCUGCAUUUCAGAAGCAGUUUUCUAAAGAGGCAGAUAAUCUAAUUACAGUUGGAAUUCCACAAAAGAUAAAUGAGCUGGACCAGCUUCUGUCUUCUCCAGAGCUGAAUGUAUCAGAUCUGAGUACACUUCGAGCUGAACUGGACAUACCAAUUCCUGAUCCAGAGAAAGAAAAGGAGAAAGAAAAACUGAAGAAAGAAAAAGAUGAGAAAAAGAAAGAUGAUGAAGAAGAGAAAGGCCCUCCAUGUGGCCCUGUUCCCAGCAAUGAGAAAAUUGCCAGUCUUCAAAAAAGAAUUAGGAGUGAAAUCCAGGAAUCAAAAGAGAAACUGAACAUGGUCACUCUGUGGCUGCAGCUUCAGAUUCCCCUGAUUGAAGAUGGGAAUAACUUUGGAGUAGCUGUACAGGAAAAAGUGUUUGAACUGAUGACAAACGUGAGAACCAAGCUUGAUGCAUUUCAGACCCAGCUUUCAAAAUAUCUCUCUGAGCGAGGUGACGCAGUGGCUAAAGCAGCGAAAAGUCCUCAUGUGGGAGAUUAUCGAGCUUUAGUACAUCAACUGGAUGAAUCUCAGUAUUCAGAGCUCAGACUCACAGCCCUGGAGAUUAGGAAUACCUAUGCUAUUCUUUAUGAUAUUAUUAACAAGAAUUAUAACAAAAUCAGGAGACCACGUGGGGACGGCAAGAGACUUAUCUACUGAAUGUACCUGUGAUUCUUACUUGCCCGGUCAGCUAUGUGGCCUCACUAUAAAAAAAAAUGCAGUCCCUUGCAUGAUUAUGUAGAAUUUCUUUAACUAUAAUAAAGUCUGGAUCAAUGCUA